AUGGCUGGUUCUGCCUUAAAGCGCCUGAUGGCGGAAUAUAAACAAUUAACACUGAAUCCUCCAGAAGGAAUUGUAGCAGGUCCUCUAGAUGAAGAGAAUUUCUUUGAAUGGGAAGCACUAAUAUGUGGGCCUGAAGGCACUCCAUUUGAAGGUGGCGUCUUCCGUACGCAAUUAAUUUUCCCCUCAGAUUACCCUCUAAGUCCUCCUAAAAUGCGUUUUCUGUGCGAAAUUUUUCAUCCAAAUAUUUAUCCAGACGGCCGUGUUUGCAUAUCAAUUCUACAUGCUCCUGGAGAUGACCCAUUGGGCUAUGAAAGUAGUGCGGAAAGGUGGAGUCCUGUCCAAUCCGUAGAGAAAAUUUUAUUAUCUGUUGUUAGUAUGUUGGCUGAGCCAAACGAUGAAAGUGGAGCUAAUGUGGAUGCUUCAAAAAUGUGGCGCGAAGAUCGUGAAGAAUUCAAUCGAGUUGCGAAGGAUUGUGUACGAAAAUCACUAGGACUGUGA